CGGGAGCCUUGCCUUAGCCCAGGGAAAGCUCUGAUGAAAGGGGGGCUUUCUGACCUAAGUGUUUAGACACUUUUUAUCCUCUUCUUCCUGGUAGCUAUCAUCCCCUUUUAGUUGGUACUCUUUAUUUAUUUGGAUAUUUCCAGUCUCUCCUUUCACAUGGAUGUUUAAAUCUCUGCCAGGUUAGAAGCUGGAAAUGUUUGCCUUCUAAAUAUAGUAAUUAUUUUUUUAAUUGAAUUACAGUUGGUUCACAAUGUUGUGUUAAUUUCUGGUGUCCAGCAUAGUGAUUCAGUUAUACAUGUAUAUGUAUAUUCCUUUUUUAUAUUCUUUUUCAUUAUAGGCUAUUGCAAGGUACUGAAUAUAGUUUCCUGUGCUAUAUAAGACCUUGUUGUUUAUCUGUUUUACAUAUAGUAGUUAGUAUCUGCAAAUCCCAAACUCCCAAUUUAUACCUCCACCCCUCCCUUCCCCCCUGGUAACCAUAAGUUUCUUUCCUAUGUCUGCAAGUCUAUUUUCGGUUUGUAAAUAAAUUCACUUGUGUCAUUUUUUUUUUUUUUAGAUUCCACAUAUAAGUGAUAUCAUGUGGUAUUUUUCUUUCUCUUUCUGGCUUACUUCACUUAGUAUGACAAUCUCCAGGUCCAUCUGUCUUGCUGCAAAUGGCAUUAUUUCAUUCUUUUUUAUGGCUGAGUAGUACUCCAUUUAUGUACAUACCACAUCUUCUUUAUCCAGUCAUCUGUUGAUGGACAUUUAAGUUGCUUCCAUGUCUUGUCUAUUGUAAGGAGCACUGCUAUGAACAUUGGGGUGCAUGUAGCUUUUGAAUUAGAGCUUCCUCUGUUUAUAAGCCCAGGAGUGGGACUGCUGGAUCAUAUGGUAAGUCUUUUUUUUUUUUUUUUUUUUUAGUUUUUUAAGGAACCUCCAUACUGUUUUCCAUAAUGACUGCACCAAACUACAUUCCCACCAACAGUGUGAGAGGGUUCCUUUUUCUCCACACCCUCUUCAGCAUUUAUCAUUUGUCAUAAAUAUAGUAAUUAUCUCAUGUUGACCCCAGACAGAGAAAGAUUAUAUUUUUAAUGAACAGUUUUAAGAGCACAAUUUUCCACUUCUACCUGCUUACAAUGAAUGAUAAGCAACUGAAUCAGUCCUCCAGAACCCCACCCAGGGCCAGCUGAGAUCUGCUAGAAAUAUGAGAAAGCAUAAUAGUUCUCCUGGAUUGCUGUUCUUUACCAGGCACUGGACUUCUAGGAGUCCUAACAUGACGUGGGAGUGAUGAGAAAUGAUUCCUGACCCUCAAAGUCCCCCAUUGCUGGGAUUUUGCUUCUUGAGGAAGCCAGAAGGAUCUCAGGAAUAUGAAGUCAAAACUAAGUACCCGAGAAGAUGGUGUUGCCUGCCCAGAACACUUCAAAUCAGGAUUUGACCUGUGAAUUAAAUAUUCUGAAUCCUACUCACAGCUUGGAGAGAUGUAAUUAUUAGGUGAUUUGAGCUGCAGAGUUUGUAACUAUGUCUGCAAGGAAGGCAUCUGGGAACUUGUUUCUGUUGCUGUGUAAUGUGUGAGGUCACUUUAUUUUGCAGAGCUGAAAUAUGGCUAACUAUAAGUAAAACAGUUUUAAGAUUCAAGGAUGACCAUAAAUGAAGCUAUGGGAAAAUAUAUCUGUAACAUAUAAUGCAGGAUUAAUAUUCCUAUAUAAAGAACAUCUAAAAGUUACUGAGAAAAAGGAGAAAAAUCCAAAAAGAAAGCUGGACAAAAAAAAAACCAUGAGUUUCAUGAAAGAUGAAAUACAAAUGGACAAUAAGUACGUAGAAUGUUUAAUCUCAAUAUACAGUGCAUUGCAAAUAAAAACAAAUCAUUUUUCACCUAAUACCUUAACAAAGUUUAAAGAGAUCAUAAACAGCAUUGAGAAAGUCUUAGGAAAAUUCGCCAUCUCUUAUGGAAGGACUGUAAACUGGUCUAACCUUCCCAGAAGGCAACUUGGCAAUCAAUGUUUGAAAAAUAAACGAUACCUCUUAUUUAGCUAUUUACAUGUUUAAGAAUUUCUUAAGGGAAAGUAAUGAGAUAAAAGUGCACUAAUCCACAGAAUGGAGGAAAAUAUUUGCAGCUCAUAUCUGAUAAGGGUUUACUAUCCAGAAUAUAUGAAGAACCUCUACAACUCAAUAACAAAAAGACAAACAACCCAAUUAAAAAAUGACAAAGGAUUUGAAUAGACAUUUCUCCAAGGAAGAUAUAUAAGUCAACAAUCACAUGGAAAGUGCUCAACAUUGUUACCAAAACCACAGUGAGAUACCACUUCAUACCUACUUAGAUGGCAAUAAUUUUUUAAAAAUGGAAAAUAACAAAUGUUGGUGAGGAUGUGGCAAAAUUGGAACCGCAUGUAUUUCUGGUGUGAGUGUAAAAUGGUGCAGCCACUGUGGAAAAUGGUUUGGUGCCUCCUCAGAAAGUUAAACAUAGACUUACCAUAUGACCCAGCAAUUAUACGCCCAGGCAUAUACUCAAAAGAAAUGAAAAUGAGGACUUAAAUACAUACUCGUACAACAAUGAAAACAUUAUUCAUAAUAGCCAAAAGGUGGAAAUAACCUAAGGGUCCAUUAACAGAUGACCAGAUAAACAAAAUGUAGUGAAAAUGAAUGAAGGAAAAUGAAUGAAGUUUCUCAUACAUGGAUGAACUCUGGAAACAUGCUAAGUGAAAUAAACCAGACACAAAAGGACAAUACUGUAUGAUUCUACUUACAUGAAACAUUUAGAAUAGGUAAAUUCAUAGAGACACAAGGUAGAUUGGAGAUUACCAGGAGCUGGAGGAAGAAGGGAAUGGAAAGUUAUUGCUUAGUGGUUAUAAUAGAGUUUCUGUUUGGUUAUGAAAGGGUUUUGGAAAUAGACAAUGAUGAUGGUUAUACAACAAUGUGAAUGUAAUGAAUGCCACUGAAUUAUACACUUAAAAAUGGUUAAAAUAGCAACUUUCAUUUCAUAUAUAUAUGUAUUUUACCAUAAUAAAAAAUAUCUAUGAAAGAUUUGAACAAAAUCUUUUGAUGAAAUGUGAAAAAGUACCCUAAGUAUAUUUUCAUCAUAGCAUUAUUUAUAUUACUUUACAUUAUUUAUAUUUGCAUAAAUAAUAUGGUAUAUAUUUAUAUUAUAUAAUUUAUUAUAUGUUAUAUUUAUUUUUACUAACCAUUAGAAGAUGACUCAAAUAAAUUAUGGAAAAUUUAUAUAAUGUAAUAAUACUGUGCAGACACUAAAAUGAUGGGGUACAAAAAUACUGAUUGGCUUGGCGAAACAUCACAAUAAAUAUAUUUAUAUUACAUAUUUAUAUAUAUACACACAGUCACACACACACUCACACAACACUGGAAAACAUUAAAUUUAAAGACUACAUUGCCAUCGCUUCUUGGCCUUUUGGCUAAGAUCAAGGGAAGAAUAUAUUGCCCAUUCAAUACAAUUGUCAAAAGGAACAGAAUUAGAAAUAUAAAAUAUGUAAAUAAUAGAAAAAGACAGAAAUAAGAUAAAAAUGUAAGUCAUGAUAAUAAAUAAGCUCUUAGAUUAGGUUAAAAUAUAAAAUCCUACUCCAUGCUGUUUGUAAGGAGCAGUUGAGAUACAGUGAUAUGUAAAAAGCUUUAAAAAAAAAAAAAAAAAGGCCAGGGAAAAGGACAUUUGAAAUAAAUAAAAAAGGAGAAAUAAAUAAAAAAAAAGAACAAAUAAAAAGAAGAAAACAGGGGUUAUACUAUAAGUAAAAAGAAUAAUUUAAGGAGAUAAAGCAUUAAACAGGAAACAGUGGAUCACUCUAUGUUGAUAAAAGCAAUGAUUCACAACAAAGGUUAUAUUGUCACAAAACUUUAGAUGCCAAAUAGUAUUGUAUUCAAAUAUGUAAAUAAGAAACUUGAGGUUCCAAAAGAAGAUGUUGGAAAUACUAUACUAGAUAGAUUUUAACACAUCCUUAGCCUUUGGCAGAUCACUGAGGCAAAGUAUAAACGAGGAUGUAUUAAGACGGAUUUUAGUAGACAUAUAUUAAACUUUCAAUCCUAUAGAUAGACAUUCCAUCUUUUCUAGUGCCCCCUGAAGCGCCAACAAAAACUGAUCUAUAAAUUAGACCAUGAAAAAGUCUAUGUAGAAAUUAUAGAAGGACGUUGUUGAGCUCUCAAGGAGAGUAACUACCAUGACUUCCAGUGCUUUGACAAAGCCUCAGGUACGAGACCUUCUGGCCAAGCGUCUGCGAUUUUGUAUCCGUAGGAGUUGCAGCUUCUGUAAGUUUGAUGUGGCUGCACCAAGGAAGAAGGCACGUGCAGAUUUCUACAGAAAUUACGAUUCCAUGAAAGAUUUUGAGGAGAUGAGGAAGGCUGGUAUCUUUCAGAGUGCAAAGUGAUCUUGGAAUGGAAAGAAUUUCUUUGGGUUGACUUUAUCAUUUACCUGUGUUCCUGAACUAUAAAACUAUGAACUAUGAAUAUCUGGGUUAAGGAGUAGUUUCUCUUGAUCAAUAAACAAUUAACAAAUAAAAAAAAAGAAAAGAAAUUAUAGCACCUUUCUGGAGGACUAUUUUGCAACCCAUAUUAAAGAAAAUGCAUGAUCAUUAAUCUGGUCACUCCCAUUUUAUGAAAAUGUAUCCUGAAUAAGCCAUUAAGAAAAUGCACAAAAAUUUAUAAUAUGCUUAUUGCAGCAGUGUUUUAAUAAUAGUGAAAAAUUGGAAACAACAUAAAUACCCAGUGGGGAGCAGUGAUCAAAAAAUUAUUUUAUCUAUGUACAAUGGAAUACUCUGUAACCAUUGAAGAAUGGUGGUAUAGAGGAAUAUUUAAUAAAUUAAAAUAGGGAAAUAGGCCAUAUUAAUUUAAAAGAGCAGAAUACAGAAGAGUGCUAUUCUCACAGGCAUCUAUAUGCAUAGAAAAAAGUCUGGAAGGCUGUGCAAAAACCAAAAUGUGAGGAAUAGUAAUCUCUAAAUGUUCGAAUUAGGGAUGAUUUUUACAUUCUUCUUUUAUAUCUUUAUUUCCUACAUUGAACAGGUGUUCUUUUUGUAACAAAAAAUAACUAAUGUCAUUUUUUUUAAAUGCAGAAUCCAGGCAAGAUUGAAGGAGUUAACCUAGAUGACCUUGAGCUGUGUGUUCUAUUUUAAAACCCAUUUGUCUGACCCUAACUUUGCUUUCCUUGC